GUAUCACCCUCGUCUACAGCUACACCUAGUGCUACACCACAUGAUACGAUGUCUGCUCUAGCUCCUGGCCAGAAGGACAGACUUGGUAGAGUCAUGAUUGAGCUGGAUGGAUCAUCGUGGCAUCCUGCAAAGGAUGCUGCCCGGGCUUUAAAAGAGUGUGUUAGAAGACUCUAUACACAAGCUUAUCACUCUUGGAGCGAGAUUCCAAACAGUAUACGCCAGGCGAUGUUUAAUAACUUUAAGACUAUGUGUACUUGGGAGUCGAGGUACAAUUUGGUCAUUGGGAUCACANUCCGGAUGUGUGGACAGCAGAAGCUGCGAGCUGCUACUGUCAAAAAUAUUGCAAAAAAAGCGAUGGACAGCGUGGUUUAG